AUGGCCGAUGAUGAUUCAGCACCGGAAAUAGCAACCACUGCGACCAGUGCCGACCCUCAUUUUCUUCUAUUCGUCCUCAUUUUCCGUGCUCGUUCUCGGUGUACCAGCGAGAGUACAUACGCAGGUAAUGCUGACUCAAAAUUUGCGUCAAACCUUGGCAAAUCGCCUCACGGAGGCCACCAUAUGUCUUUCUUCCGGCGUUCUAAUCAGCGAGAAUCCGAAUAUACGACGAAGAUAACGACGAGACUAUUGAUCCAGAACUAUGCCUUCGAACCUUCUGGCGAGCCGAGGAAUGUCUAUGUAAAUUAUCCUUUGGGAGUCCUGGAAUUUACGUUAUACUUUAUCAAGUACGAUAUCGAACUCGAGGCUGCUUCUCGGAUUGGAACAUUCGCUCAAUGUCGACAAGAUGGCGGGCGCGUUCGGCUGAACAGAAUAAUCCCAGUGAAACUGGUUCGAAUCCAGUUGCCGCCCAUGCACCGGCGCACUACCGCACUAUGUGCUCUCAGACUGGGAACUGAGACUUGCGUUUGGACCACAUAUUCAAUCGAUUCGGUACUGGUAUUAUUCAAGUCACGAAACAGCCCGUUGGCGCCUGAACAAGAAUGCCUUAUCAAGACCUUCGACCGAAAUCAGAUGAACCGGGAGGUCCAAUCUGUCCUGUCGAGUCAUGGAGAGGAAUCCAGAGAAGGGGAUGGUCACAUCGAGCGACCGCCAAUGAGAGGCGUUUUCCACACAUGCUUCGAUGGGCAUUUGGACGCACUCAUUCGUACAGGAUUCUUCGCUGAGGACAUGCAUGAAAAUGUCCGGCGCUCUACGACCCGCAUGAGUCACAGGCGCCAAUGA